CGCCCGCCCACACAUGCUUAGUAGGUACCUAGGUGCCUAGGUAGGUAAGGACAGGCUGCACCAGCGCGGCUCAUCCUUGUGGCAUUUUGACAUCUUUCUGACAAAUAAGCCUGUGAGGCUCUCAUGAUACCUUGAGAGUCACUUAUUCUCCAUCUUCAAAUCUGAUCGCAGCAAAAAGACGCCCGGCCCGGGCAGCAAGGGCAUUCCGGUCGAGAUGGCCUCACAGCUUGGCCCAAAAUCCGAAUUUACCCCGUCAGCGAGGAACCAAUUCUUUGCAAAGCUCAAACCCGUCUGUGUAGAGAUCAGCAAGCUUGCCCUCCAGGGCAGCAAGGGCCAGGACAAGACCGUCGCCGCCAAGCGGCUGCAGGAGUUGCUGAACCAGCUGAAUGGCAUCCUGGAAGACCAAAUCCAGUACGAUGCCACCCUGCUCGAUGACAAGAUAGCAGAAUAUGUGUUCUUUCCGCUGUCACAUCUAUUGCGACAGCGUGAUGCCCUUCCUAUCCGGGUGAUCGAGACCAUCAUCAAGUCACUCCGCCUCCUGAUCCAGCACGGCUGGAAGUCCAGAAUAUCAAAAGAGCUGUCGCAGCAGCUCCUCAUUCUUUUGACAUUCAUCGUCGGCGGCGUGCCGGGCAAGGAGCAGAGCCAAACUACGAAGCCCGAGGAGACGAUCCUGGAGGGGUACAGGGCUCUGACGGCUCUGAUCAAGGCGGCAGGGCUGUCGGCGAAAGAUUCUCCGUUGACGGACGCGGACAUCAUCCCGUCGUUUGGACACUCUGUAUCGGUCAUACUGGAUGGAGUCACCGGCGGGAGCACCCCUGAUAUCCAAAUUGAGGCUCUGCGUGCAAUUCUGGCUGUGUACACGACUAUCAAACAGGACGAUGUGUUGGCUGCUUUCUUUCCUGGCACCGUGUCUUCGCUGACCCGUGCCCUCUCCCCACCUCUGUCGACCAGGGCACAGAGGCGGGUGCUGGUUAAUUCUGUCAAUGUUCUCAGGGUGGUGCUUACCAAAAUCCUUGGAGAUCUCAAACGACGAAACUUGCUCCGGCAGGUGAAGACGGACGGCUCUGGACUCGGCGACGCGGCCGACGACAAGGACGGAGGCAAGGCGCUGACGGCUUCCUGGUUGAGGGCCACAGCUGCGCAAGUGAAGGCUGCUUUAUCCACUGUUCUCAAGCUGAGAAAUCAUAGCGACUCAGACGUUCUGAGAUCCAUGAAUCGGCUCUGCAUUACCCUCUUGGACGAGUGUCAUUCCACCCUGUCGGAUUGCACUUCGAUGCUUGUCGAGAGUGCCAUAAUGCUCCGCGAAGAAGACAAUGAACAACCCAGCCUCGGAAUCGAUGUCCUCGGGGAUGAGAGGACAGGGUUUUACGGUACUUCGCUUCAAGACCUGGCGACAAUUUAUCCCGAAUUGUUGGAUUCUAUCAAUGCCACGGUGUAUAACUGGAUCACUGGCAUGCCGCGUAUGAUGCAGUCUAGCGAUGAGCGGGUGAAGCAGCAAGCAAUCCGCAACAUCAUCAAGGGGAACGAGCUAGUGUCUGCGCUGCAGAUCCAAUCCGCGAAUCUUCACGAGUCACUUUCCUCAGCUUUGAGGGACAGCGUUGUGUCCCUGAUUCUCAACUCAAAGAACCCAAAGAUCCAGAAUGAAGUCGAAGUGGACGAGAACUUCUGGCGAAGUACAGGCAUGGUAGAGACAAGCAAGGGCCUACAGACAUAUCGACCAAUCCUACUGCCCCAAGAAAGCCAGCGGGGCACGAGGAAAGACAUUGCGAAUCUUAUACAGAACGUUGGCUCAGCAUCACAACAAGUCAAGCUAGCCGGUGAAAUGCUCCCCUUCAUCCUCGAGACCAGUGGCGUCGACCAGAUAUCCGCCUACUGGCUCUCUUUCGAGCUCCUCAAGGCUUCCUUCACCAAGACCUCCGAAGUUGAUGACUUGCUGGACCUCACGGACGCAGCGCCAGAUCCAUCCUCACCUGAAGAUGCAGAGUCUGUCUUCGAUGAGCUCUAUUCCUUUUCAGUCUCCAUACUUGACUCGCACUCGGACGCGGACACCGACGAAGUGGACUGGCGCCUCGAGGCCAUCGCGAUGGAAGUCACCGCCUUCGCUGGCCAUCGUCUCGGCCAUUCCUUCCGCCCGGAACUCAUAGACGUGCUCUACCCCGUGGCGACCUUCUUGGGAUCCCCAAUACCGGAACUCAAAGGUCACGCGAUCGCGACUCUGAACAGUCUCGCUGCGUCGUGCGGAUACGGUAGCGUGUCUGAGCUGAUCAUCGACAACGUGGAUUAUAUGGUGAACUCGGUCUCGCUGCGCCUGAAUCAGUUCGACGUUUCACCUGCGUCAAUAAAGGUGCUCGUAAUGAUGAUCCGCCUCACGGGUCCGAGCCUCUUGCCCUAUCUGGACGAUGUCGUUGCUGGAAUCUUUGCUGCCCUAGACAGCUACCAUGGAUAUUCUUCCUUCGUGGAGAGUCUCUUUAGCGUCCUUUCGGAAGUGGUCGAGCAAGGCGUCAAGUCCGACAGGCUACUGAUAGAGGACGGAAAGGACAAGACAGUGAACCACAGGAAACGGCAACUCGAGUCCAGUGGUAUUGAUGACACAGUUGCCUUUUUGGACAGACGAGCGAAGAGAAAGCGGGAACCAGAGGAUCAGGGAGACGUGGAGGAAAUCAUACGCGACUAUCCGAAAGAAGCGUGGAAGUCUGCGAAAGACGAGCUUGAUGCUUUUGAGGCGAGGCAAGAUGGCGAGGAUGAGUCUGAGGAUCCAGGUUCCAACAACAACGAGGAAGUGGCUCCCCCCAAGACACCUGCAUAUACCCUCCUCGCCAAGAUCACAUCCCUGACGCAGCAUUAUCUCACAUCACCCACACCGACACUGCGGAAAAAGCUGCUCGACCUGCUCUCCAAGGUCUCAUCAGCGCUAGCGCCUGACGAGAACGCUUUCCUCCCGCUGGUCAACGACGUGUGGCCCGUCAUCGUGAGCAGACUUCACGAUCCAGAGCCAUACGUCGUCAUAUCGGCGUGUGGGACACUGGCCGCACUAUGUGAAAGCGCAGGCGACUUCCUAGGCUCUCGAGUCAAGACAGAGUGGUGGGAUGGGCUGGGGAAGUGGUGCUUCAGGAUGAAGGACGAGGCGCGAAAGAGCAGCAGGAGUGGAGGCGGCAUGGGCGCACCCAAAACGUCGAGAGGCACCAUGCCGGGCGGACAACACAGCAUCGGCGGCGAGGAUAGCAUACUGAUACCUGUUCGGGGAGGAGGAGUGGGGGAUUCCCCUGGCUCGGGCCUGCAGCUCGAGGCGCCGGGAUCUCGCACGGUGUCAAGUGGUCUCGGCAGGUUCGCAUCUGCGGCACAGACUUGGAGCGCAACGGUGUCGCUUCUGAUCGCCAUAGUCUCAUUUGUGCGGGUCGAAGAUGAGAUGUUUGAGCAGAUUCUGGGCUUACUAGCGGACGUGCUAUCGCGCAAUGAGGAGGCCCGCAGGGCUCUGGAGGUCGUCAACCCUGAUGCGGUCUGGCUGGCCUUGUACGAGAGGGGCCUCGCUGAGCCAAUGCCAGCCCCAGUCUUUGAGGGCGUCACCUUCGCGCGUGUAGAUAAGAUCGGAGGCUGAAGGGGGUGGUCAGUCGGCCUUGCCUGGGAAUUUUGGAUUGAUUGCGCAAGAGCACGUGUAGAUCCAAUGAUCUGGGGACUUUCACCGUACAAUACAGUUGUAGCUACGCAUGCCACGCAUGCCGCCUCCAAUAAUAAGGGCAUGGCUCGCUCACUCGCUCAUCCUCUACCCAAUCCCGUCCGCGUACCUGAGCCUGUGGUGGUAAGCUCUCCAACCGUGGCUGCCAUCUGUGGUCACUGUGGGGAACAGGAACGUGACAUCCCGUCCUGGAAGGGUCAGGGAGCCAUCCAUGACAACGAACGGCCUUCGAUGCAUCGUUCUGGAAGAAUGCAUGGAAGCAGUACCAUACUACCAGCACAUCACCAUAGCGUGGUGGCCACACAGCCGUCUCUUGGGCGCCAGUGUGCUGCAUGUCGGCAGACUGAGGCCGGACAAGAUCAAUGACCCCAUGCUCCGUCUGUACCUGCCUUUUCAGGCUUCAGAUUGAUCCGUAGCUUCGGCCAGCGCUAGCCACAAGUGUGGUCGUGGCCUCGAGUUGAGAGAUAUGCACCAUUUAGGCGCGAAACGGACCAUCCUGCCAUGGGUGCCAUUGGUCGACACGCGCGGGGGAUGAGAUGGAGGGGGCAAGUAGGCAGGGGGGGGGGGCGGAGAAGCUUCCGCGGUAGGAAAGGCUGGGCACGCGACCCGCUGCUCUGAAUCGCCUCACUUGUGCCAGGAAUGUGCCGCAAUGCUAGCGUCUGGCAGGAUUACGAGCGGCCAGGCGGCUCGGCUUGUUAGGAGGACUGCAUGGAAGGCUUCCAGAAGGGUGUUAGCAAGGCCCGGC